GUGCGCGCGUCGUCUCCACCCUGGUGGCCGUGGGGACUGGGGACAAAAGGGGCAGAGAGCCGCAGAGCAAACAAGAAACGCGCAAAAAAAAAAAAAAAACCCCGCGGAUUUCGCUUCGGAAGAGGGGAGAGGCCAUAUGCGGCCGACGAUGCUGGCGCCGCGGAGCCUGCGGAAGGCGUCCGUCCCGCCGGCCCUGCUCUCCGACCCGACGCCCGGCAGCCUCCAGCCCACCCGCCUCGCCGUCCACGUCAAUGGCGCCGGAUCCUCCUGCUCCGCUUACCUCGCCUCCGGAUGCCGCGUCUACAAGAUCGAGAUAAGCAUGGACGGUGCAAUGGUAUCAAAAGGAAAGGAGAGCCUUUUGAUUCCUGACAAUGCUCAGGUCAUAAGCUCGUCAGUUGUGGAUCGAUGCCCACAUCGUUCUGAGAUUCAGAGUGUAGCUCUCGCAGAGGGCGAAGGUGACAGCUGCUUGAUCCUGGGAACAGUUGACUCGUAUGGUCACCUUAUUGUAUCUCGUUUGAACAUUGCAGCUGAUGACAUCGACAGGACCUCCUACGCAGUACCACCUCGUGAUUGUGGUGUUGGGGAAGGCAGUUGGGCUGGGAUAUGCUUUAGCCCAAUGCAGCAAUCCACGGUAGCUGUUGCUCGUCAGCUGUGCAAGAGCAUUGACAUCUAUGAUCAGGACAUUCAUGUUCGCAGUUUACGCACGUUAUGGUAUCCAUCUUCAUUUAGCUUUGUUCAUUGCUCGCCACAAGUGAAUGAAAGUAGUUCUCUGUUGGCAAUUGCCGAAGGUUCUCAGCUGAGCAUAUGGGACUUAAGAAUGAACAACAAUGGGGGCUGCGUACAGCGCAUUUCUGGAUCCAUUGGAGAUACUAUAUACUCUGUCUGUAGUUCACCUUCAGGGCCCAUUGCUAUUGGUGGAACUGAUCGUGCUGUCACCAUCUAUGAUCCUCGCAGGUGGUCUGCUUUGUCAAGAUGGGUGGGCUGCUCCAAAUAUGAGAUUACAGGCCUUUCAUUCUCAUCAGUUGACCAGUCUUUCAUUUAUGUCCAAGGUGUUGACUAUGAGAUUACCUGUGGACGUUGGAAAGAAAGCGAACGAGCAUUCUCAUUUCGAGGCGAUUCCAAUUGGUUGGGUUUUUCAAAGUGUGCCAAUACUGGUGUGGUAGCAGGGUGGUGCGAGUCUGGAAGUAUCUUCAUUGUUGAUGCUAUGCAGCUAUAGGAGACGAAAUGCCUUCAUCUGAGGUCCUGGACUCCGGAAAAGCCAUCAGGGCAUAACUAACUUCUGUGUUUUUUCGUUUCUGCAAGACAGUAGUCUGGUACGAACGUGGUCUGAUUUCUUGAGUCACAAUCAUUCAUCUGACGUCCUGGAGCUCCGGAAAAGCCAUCAGGGCAUUAACUUCAGCUGCGUUUUUUUCCUCAUUUCUGCAAUACAGUACGAGCUUGUUUGCUUGGGAUCCCGGGAAAGCUUCCUGGCACAGGCAGCGCCCCCAAGCGCACAAUUUCGUGGGGCGGGUUCGAGAUCGCUGCCUGGCAGGUUCCAAACAUACUGCACCUGACUGUCUGGUAUGAACAUGAUCUGAUUUCUUGAGUCACAAUCAUUCAUGAACGUUUCCAAAAGGAGCUGUUAUGCUUGCUUAUCGAUCAUUAGGGGUCUUUUAAACCAUGGUUGUCUUGCGUCAGAUAGGGUGCAGCAAAUUCAAUUGAAUUUAGUCGCCCGAGACGGUAUUGUGUUGUACAGUAUCUUUAUUCUACUUAGCAUUUAUCUUUUGUUCAUGGAUUAUCAGCAGUCAACUUAAUCACACAA